AUGCAUCUCCCCACCGUUCUUUCUGUCAUCUUCGCUGCGGCCGGCGUUACCGCCCAGCUCAACGAUCUCGCCGUCGCUGCCGGUCUUAAGUACUUCGGUACUGCUGGCCAGGAAGGCACCAUCACCUCGGAUACCACAUACCGUAACAUUAUCAACAACGUGCACGAGUUCGGCCAGCUCACUCCCGAGAACGGCAUGAAGUGGGAUGCCACCGAGGGCCAACCCGGAAAGUUCACCUUCCAAUCGGGAGAUAUUGUUGCUGGAGUGGCCAAGAGCAACGGACAGCUCUUGAGAUGCCACACGCUGGUUUGGUACAGCCAGCUGCCUUCGUGGGUCUCCAACGGCUCCUGGAACCGUGCCACCCUUCAGUCCGUCAUCGAGUCGCACAUCAGCAAUGUCAUGGGCCACUACAAGGGCCAGUGCUACGCCUGGGAUGUUGUGAACGAGGCCAUCUCCGAUGAUGCUCAAGGCAACUACCGCGAUUCGAUCUUCUUCAAGACCUUCAAGACGGAUUACUUCCCCAUUGCCUUCAAAGCUGCGAAGAAGGCUGAUCCCAACGCCAAGCUCUACUACAACGACUACAACCUCGAGUACAACGGCGCCAAGACCGAAAGGGCCCUUGAGCUCGUCAAGCUCAUCAAGGCUGCCGGCGCCCCCAUUGAUGGUGUCGGUUUCCAGGCCCAUAUGACUGUCGGCGGCACGCCCUCGCGCACUGCCAUGGCCAACCUCCUCAAGCGCUUCACCGCUCUCGGUGUUGAGGUUGCCUACACCGAGCUCGACAUUGCGCACAAGAACCAGCCCUCCUCCUCCUCCGUCCAGGCCCAACAGGCUACCGACUAUGCCAACAUGGUUGGCUCCUGCGUGGACGUCGACGGCUGCGUCGGUGUCACCAUCUGGGGCUUCAUCGACAAGUACAACUGGAUCCAGAACGGUAAUGCUGCGAUCUUUGAUAGCAACUUCAACAAGAAGCCCGCCUAUUCCGCUAUUAGCUCCGUCUUGGCCGCUGCGGCGACGAAAGCCCCUUCUCCUGCCAAGAACGCCAACGCCCCUCCUGCUGUGCACACGACCCUCAGGACCGCGAUUGCGACCGCCCCUGCCUGUGAGGCGACCGCCCCUGCCCCCAAGGCCACGGCGGCGCCUGCUGCCCAGCCGGCCAAGCCGGCCACCGGUUCCUCUACUGGCGCGCAGCAGCCGCGUUGGGCGCAGUGCGGUGGUAACGGAUACACGGGCCCCACUGCUUGCCAGGCCCCGUAUACUUGCAAGGUUCAGAACCCUUGGUAUAGCCAGUGCUUGUAA